CCUGAACGUAAAACGAGCGCAUCUCUGAGUGACAUCAGCAUCUUUUGUUUACCAGUCAGCAGAGAGUCCCUCAGGACCACACAGCAGCAGUAAAGGGAGAACAUCCGCUGCCAGAGCACGACUGGGCAUUUUUGAGGCCUUCUCUUUGUCACAUAGAGAGCGUGAAUUUGUUUGGGUAGCGUUUAAGUACUUGCCUGUGAAAAAUGUCGGAAAACGGAUCCGGACCUGGAGUGGACGAUACAGACGCAAAGCCAGGCAACGGAAAACAAUCAGCGGGCUCUUCGUCUGCUUCUGUCCCCAUGGACGUGGAUGCCAAGCCCCAGUCACACAGCUUCAGAUACCGCCUCGAUUUCCCCAGAAUUGGCCAGUGUAUCAUCAUCAACAACAAGAACUUUGACAGGAGUACAGGCAUGAAUCAGCGAAACGGUACUGACGUGGAUGCAGGCAACGCCAUGAGAGUAUUUAAAAAUUUAGGUUAUCAUGUGAAGCUGUACAAUGACCAGACAGUUGAUCAGAUAAUGAACGUUUUAACUGCUGCAUCCAAGGAAGAUCACAGCAACUCAGCCUCUUUUGUCUGCAUUCUUUUGAGUCACGGGGAUGAAGACUUGUUCUUCGGCACGGACGGCUCAGUAGCGCUCAAACACCUAACUUCACUUUUUCGAGGCGAUCGCUGUAAAUCACUGGCGGGAAAACCCAAGCUCUUCUUCAUCCAGGCUUGCAGAGGUACAAAUCUGGAUCCAGGCAUUGAAACAGACAGCGGAACUGAUGGUGUUAAGAUCCCUGUGGAAGCAGACUUCCUCUACGCCUUCUCCACUGCCCCAGGUUACUACUCAUGGAGGAAUACUCAGACUGGGUCCUGGUUCAUCCAGUCGGUGUGCGACAUGAUCAGCAAGUACGGAAAAGAACUGGAGAUCCUGCACAUUAUGACCCGAGUGAACCACAAGGUGGCAGUAGAGUUUGAGUCUGCCUCCAAUUCUCCGGGGUUUCAUGCAAAGAAACAAAUCCCCUGUAUUGUGUCGAUGCUGACCAAAGAGAUGUAUUUUUCUGGUUAAUGUCAGAAAACUAGAAGAAAGGCUUUGGGAGUGCUAGAAUUUUUUUAUUUUAUUUAAAUGUACACUUUGCAACUCGAUAUCUCUUCUAACGUUCAUAUUGCUUGGAGGGCAGAUACGAUGCAAAUGUCAGUGAUGCUUCACCACCUUGGCAUUAUUAAGUUUAUUCAGUGUUGAGUAGUUAUUUAAGUCUGGCAUUCACUUUUACCCCAGCAGCAGGCCCUUUAACCAAAAGGAAGGUUAUUUUUCACAUACCAACAUGACAUAAAACCUACAGAUGUCUACAAGUAAUAACAGCUUGAAUUUCCGGGCUGAGUGUGUUACACGUAGACGCCUUUUUGCUGUUUACACUGCACAUUUCAGGGAAAACUGUUGUGAGUCAGUUUGAUAGGAAGUUUGACCUUCUGCGUUUGUGUAAUCAUGAAACCAUAGACGGGCUGAUUGUCCACCAGCAACAAUAUCUCAUACAUGAGGAGCCUAUUGUAACUUAAGUGUCUAAGCACGAAGAUGGUCUGUCUUUUUUGUUUUCGUCUCUAUUUACAUUUGUAUUUGUCUCCAUUGCUGUGUGAGUGAUGUCAUUCACUGGAUCGGUACCUGAUGCGUUGUGCAAAGCCUGAAUGAAAGCACCACCUGAACCUGGUGGGUAAAUUAUUAUGUAGCAAAUUCAAGAGCAUCCUGUAAGUUAAAUGUAUGUGGGUUAGAAAGCUCAGAAUUACAUUUUUAAUUUUCUGGGGGUUUUUUUUCUUUUCUAAAGGUCUAUUUCUUUCUCUUGCUUGUGAAAAUCUUUGAUGGGGAAACAGGUUUAAUAGCCUGCAUGGGAAGUGCUCAGCAAUCCGCACAAUGCUGUCUUUUGAGCCAUAUUUUAACACGUUAGACAUACUUGAACUUUUUUAUUUCACUACUCUUUUCAUGGCUUCUUGACUGGGCCGAUUAACCUCAUAGGCAGUCCACGGUGCAAAGUGUUAGACAUUUCAGGAUGUGGUUAGUUUAAUAUGCCAGACAACCGGAACUACAAAGACGGAUUUGUUCAGACAGGUGAUACUUUCACUUUGUUUUUUAUCUUGUGUAGACACAAAGUGUAGUACCAUCCUUUCCCCGUAAACUUAAGAGGUUUGGUCAGACCAAACAUGAUCUUUGAAUAUGUUCACUUUGGCUUCAGGGAUCAGUGAUGUGCCUUUUUCCACAAACAAUGAGCCAGUAAAAGAAAUAUUGAAUAUUGAUGGAAAAAAGCUUUUGGUUGCAGCCUUAAAGAAACAUUCAUGGUGGCUUUUUUAAAAAAUUAAUAAUUAAUAAUGAAAUGCAAAUUUACUAAAGACAUUUUGUACUUCAGUGAUGCAAUUUUCUUAAUAACCACAAGCAAACUGAGUAAAAGUUCUUCUGCAAAACUCAUGUCACCAUGAAUAUCAACUAAUUCAUAAGAGAUGAAGCACAGUUUGAUUGCACAUUGAUGCUGUUUUUACAUGUGACAAAUCAUAAGAAUGCAAUUGUUUAUGUACAGCAAGCCAGCUGUAUGUGUCACUUACGCUGUUAAAAUAAUUCAUCGUUGCAUGUUUGACACGCACUUCUCAAUUUGGCUUUUUUGUAAAAUCAUGAUUUUGUAAGCAGCUGUGAUGUAAGGUUGAUGAACUGUCUUUCACGCAAAAUAAAGACCACUUUGUAUUCUGU